GGCACAAAAGAAUGAGAUAUACGAGAUACACACCGAGCGAGAGAUGUUUAUGAACAAAGCCAGAAUGGAGGAUAUGUUUGAAACCGAAUUCGAAUCGUUGUUUUAUUUCUCAAACAGUACUUUUGAGAACGUUAGGAAAUUCCAGAGAGAACCAAAUCUUCACUGGAGCGAAUGCCAAGCGACAGGCUAACUCUUAACCAAAAUAAGAAAGAGUGAGUUUGACUACAAUGGCGCCAUUCAUCUUUCAUCCACAUCGUCCACUGUCUUAUCAGUGUCGUCUACCUCUGCCAGCUUUAUAUAAGCAAACCAAUAUGACUUCUGAGUUGUCAUUAAGCACACCAGAAACCCAUCAAGAUCUACCUCUUAGUCCUUAUCAUCCAACGUCCAUGCUACUGAAGAUCAGACUGCAUCUGUGGCAGAUCAUUCGGAGAGUCAUAAACUGUUGUGCGUGUGUGACCGAGCUUUUCAGCUCCAAUAUGUUUUUCUUCAUUUGUGUGGGAAAAAACAUUACCAUGACAGGCGAAUUAAAGAAGGGUACGGCGGAGGCCAAGGAGAGGCCCGGUUGGGAAUUCACGAGUGGAUCGACGGGAUUGAUCGACUUUGAUGAAGAGAUGAAAGAUACAGAGAUGAAGGUCAUGGAGAUUGAUGAGUUUGCCAAGCCUGCUAAAAUGCUGGAUUUGUCAGUGAUUGAUUCCGAUGAUGAAGAAGAGGAUAAUGCCAGGCUCUCAGAAUGGGAGUCUGAUGAAGAAACUGAUGAUGAUGACUCUAAUGAAGAGGAGGAGGAGGAAGAUUGUGAGGAUAAUGAAGAGCAACCACAUGAUAAUGAUGAUGAUUCUGAAUGGUCAGAUGAUGAAGAUGGUGAUUCUGAAGGAUCAGCUGAAAGCUUUGAGCUUUGGGAAUCCUUUUUUAACGGCAGUGACCCGUACAAUCCUCUGAGCUUCUCCUGUUCUACUGGAUCUAAAACAAACACCACAAACAAGAACCAGCUAACUGCGAGCUCACAAAUCAAACAAGCUAAGUCUACACCAGCAACAAAAGCUGAAGAGCAAUACCCAAAACCAAGCACAAAGGAGGGUGGGAAAAAGGUAUGUUUUAGUGACAAGGUGACUGUACGCCCCCUGGUGGCUUGGAGUUUUGCUAGCAGAGCAGCACGGGAUGGUUCUUGUUGGAUGCAGAUGGCCAGAGACAGAGAGCGAUUCAGAAGAAGAGUGAAGACGACUAUUGAGAGCAUCAUUGAGCCCUGCCUUACACCUGAACACAGAGCGGGCAUUUGGAAGAGACUUCAUAAUACUCCAGCUUGAUUUAUUAUUACUGUAAAAAUGUUGCAGUUGUAGUGUGGUGUAACGUAUCGUGCUUCUAACCUCAACACAGUUUUUUUUGUGUGGGUAAUUUUUACUGUUACAGUAUUGUAGUGCACUUUAUUUUAAAUGGUGUUUGUUAAAGUUCCUUUUAUAUGUUUUGCAUUUGUUUAUAUUGUGUUGUACUAACAUAUUUUAUGUAGAUACUUUCAUAUAAAUUUUUUUUUUUAUAGCA